AUGGCGGAGUCCUCGCAACGGCUGUGGCCCAGCCAUGUCCCGCUCCAUGCGUUGCGAGUGGUGGGCUGUACACUUGUACUACAGGACUGCCACGUGGCGCAGAAGUUGUACGACGAAGUGGCAGCAGCGGCGGCGGCGGCGACCGGGAGAGCUGGAGGGCAGCAGCAACAGCCUCCAGCGUACAACUUCGCGCAGGGGGCGGCUGCCGGUGAAGUAAUUGCCAGCAGUGUACGACUGCCACAGCUGGAGCUUCGGGACGUCGUCAUCACGUGCAACGGGGCGUGUGGGAUAUCAGGCAUCCGUAACUUCACCGUCGAUUCCCAGUACGACUGGUACGACACCAUGGAUCUGAUCAACCAGGACCGCGACGGCUGUAGCGGUUAUGUCGUUGAGCUCGCCGCCAACGUUUCCUUGGGAGGGCCUUUACCUCCGCCGCCGCAGCCGCUGCGCCCGCCGCCGCUGCAAGGCCGUCGGCUGUCGCAGGCGGCCACCACCGCCACCGUGUCGUACAAGCCGGUUUCCGUACACGUCAACCUCACCCUUCGUGGUGCACCCAGCAGCGCUUCGUCUUCCUCCGCUACCCCGCCCGCCGUGGUUCUCGAUACCGCAUACCUGAGUUCCGUACUUCAGCUGCUACAGCCUGCCGUACAGCUCACCCUGGAGCGACUGACGCUUGUCAACCUUGUCUCACCGCAGCCCGGAGUGGUGGCGCUGCCAAUGUACUGGGUGAGCAGGCCCUCCUCGGACGACAUGCACCAGUCACCGGACAUCAAGCUGAACAACGUGACGCUCGUCCUAGCAGCAGACGAGCUGUCGUACAUGAUGACGUGGCUCAAGGGCUUGGCGGGGGUGGGGACCUCGUCCAACCCGCUGGCGGCUAACAUGCUGACGUGGCUGCAGACGGAUGCUGUACAAGUCGUUAAGGUGCACUCCACCUCGCCCAGCUCCAUAACCCUGUCGCGCUUCAUCGGCUUUGGACUGGACGCCACCUACCUGACCCUCACAACCAGCAGCACCACCAGCACCACCACGACGCCCGCUCCACCAGCACCAAUUGGCAUCUCACAGUUCGCCCCCACACCGUACGACCCGUACCCCCAAAUCGUGGUCCUCAGCUCCAGCUCGGCGCUGACGGCGGUACUGAACACCUCUGCCACCUCCCCUUCCUCUUCCGCCGCGGCCGCUCUCACGCCCCUGGUUUCGGAGCCGGGAGUGUAUGAGGCCUACCCUGGAGUGCCCACAUUGGCGGCGGUCAUGCUGCGGUACGGCAAGGACAGCAGCGGUAGCAACAGCAGUAACGGUAGUACGGCAGUUGUCUACCAGCCAGUGAAGUACGGCGAUGUGGUGCUGCGGCGCAGCUUCCUUAUAAUGCUGUACCCGGAAGCUACGGCCCCCGAAACGGUAGUGGUGGACCUCGGCCAGACCCGAGCCCCAUGGGUUGUGUGGGCCGGCAGUAGCAGCGAUGUGAGCCUGACGCUCCGAAACCUGACCCUGGUUGGAUUAGUCAGCCCCUCCCGGUGGCCCUCUGACCGGCUGGUUCGCUGCCUGGAUUUGCCGCUGUGGGCGCUGGGGCCCGGUGGUGGGGAGAGCGAGGUGGAGGGUGAGGCGGGAGGGCCGUCAGCAGCAGCGGCGGCGGUGCGUGUGGUGGUGGAGGGAGGCACCGUCAGCGUGUCGAGUCAGGAGCUGGAACUGUGGAGGGAGUGCUACCAGGUACUGGCAUCCAACGAUUCCUCCAUCACCUCAUCCUCCUCAUCCACCGAGACCGCCACCACGGUGUCGGUCUCCACGGGGCCCAAGGACAGCUCGCCGCUUGAAGUCGCUUGCCGCAGCCUGGGGCUCCAGGUCUUCAACGCCAGCUCCGGCGCCGGACUUUGGCCGCACACCUUCACCGUCCACUUAAUGAUCGGCAUGGGCGUGCGCCUCCAGGACGUCGUACUUCGCGAUGACGUGGCGCCGUACCACCGGUACGACCUGGACGAACUACUGCCCGCGCUGAGCUCCUCGCUAUCGUCGGCCUCCGCCGCGCCACUCCACCAUAAGGCCCCCUCCAUCAAGUGGGUCAUCCCCGUCGUGGUGGUCGCGGUAGUGGUGGUCCUCACCGCGACAGGGCUCGGCAUGCUCGUACUGCAGGAGCGCAGGCACGGCGGCGGCGUUACCCGCAAGUACGCCAAUAUUCACAUGAGGAGAUCCCAGAAGCUAAAACAAAGUCCCAGCUAUAGUACGGGUCGUGAUCCCGAGGCCUCGUCGUCAUCCGGCGCCGACGGAAGCAGCAAGGCAGGACGGCGCACUAUUGGUAGUUGCGGCGGCGGCGGCGGCGGCGCCGCCGCCGCCGUUGCCGCUGCCGCUGCCGUGCACGACGACGACGGCGGCGAUGAUGGCGGUUGCGGCGGCGGGUGCGUUGGCUCAGGAGGUAUUGGGAGAUCUCCUGGGCUCCGUCAACCAGCCCGAACCAGUCGUUUGGGUGGUGCCGGCAGCGGCGGGGCUGUGGAGGCUGCUGCGGCGUCCGCAGGAGGUGGCGGCACUGGCGGCGGCUCCAGCUACCCUCAAGCAUUAGGCAGCUUGGAUCCCAGCAGGAGAGGAAGCGUCAAGGAAGGAUCCAAUCGUCCCGGAAUCGGCACGUUGUACGGCAACGGCAGCGGCAGAAGCAGCAGCGGCAGCGGCGGCGGUGCUGGUAUUGGUGGUGGCGGCUGCGGCAGCGUGUCUCUUCAUGGUGGCUCAUCCGUACACAGCGCCGUGUCCGUACAUGGUGGCUUGAUGAGGUGUUCCCCGUUCGAGACGGUGACGGCUGCGGCAGCGGCAGCGGCGGCGGCGACGGCGGCGGCGACGGCGGCGGCGACGGCGGCGGCGACGGCGGCGGCGACGGCGGCGGGGCCCUCCAAGGAGGCUCUGUGCCGUUACAGUACGGCGUCCCUGCAGAAAGACUCAUUAACAAAGCAGCCGCUUGGUACGACAUCGUCCACACACAAUGCCUCCCCCGGGUUCAAGGAUCCCGACGCCGUGUACGGCAGCGGCCGUGCCGCCAGCAGUAUGCCGUCGUACAGCGCCAGCUGUGCAGCUUCCUCGCGGGUUUUUGAAGCCCAUGGCACCGGAGGUUUGCAGGCGGCUCGAGCAAGGGCGGUGUCGAGCAGUGGCGAGGGCGGCGAGGGUGGAGGAGAUGACGCCCACGCCGCUGCUGCGGCUGCUGCUGCGGCGGCGGCUACUGCUAAUGAGUUUUUCCCCAUCAAUGCAUGCGGCGGCAGCGGAGACCCUGGGGACGCUGCCGCCGUCGCUAGGCCGGUCAACGACGGCAGGUGCGGCCAUGGCGGCGGCGAGCAAGGGAUGAGGGCGGGUGUGCCGCCAGCGGCGGCGAUGGCGGCGGCUUCACGUCGCGUCUCCACAGGGCUACCCGCCCGUAGCAGUACGGAAAACCUACCAGCCUUCCUGGAGCUGCAGCCGCCGCCGCAAAGGCUGUUGCGCCGCGGCUCCGAGGCGCUCCUUUUGGGCGCCAGCGAUGCGGCUGUGGAGGGCAGUCAAGGUGACGCCGUCAGGCUUAUCGACGGGCCAAGCUCCGGGGGGCCCGCCGCGUCUGGAGCGUCGGCGAUGCGAGCGCCGGCAGCUCCUGCAGCGUUGACUGUGGCGGCGGCGGCAACGGCAACGCCUCUCGACAGCCCGACUUCACUGCUCGUCCAACCAGCGUACCCAUUGGCUAAUCAAUCGUACAAUCCACUUUAUGGCGCCGUAGUAACGCUGGCGAGCAUGGCUGCGGUGGUGAGCAAUGCACCUGGCUGCGGCAGCGGCAGCUGUAGCCCUGGUGGCGGAGGCGGCGGAGGCGGUAUUAGCCCUGGUAGCGGUGGCGGCGGUCGUAGCCCUGGCGGCGGAAGCUGCGGUCGUCGGACUGGCGGCGGAGACGGCGGCGGCGGCGGCUCCGCUGCAGGCUCCUUAAGUGGCGAGUUUACUGGUGGCGGCGGCGGUGGCGGCAGUGGUGGCGCCGCCGCUGACCGCUCCUCUUGCGCUCCUAGGCCCGCCGCCGCCAACGCACCUGAAGCUGCCAGCACUUGCGACAUUCCCGCUGGCAGCAGCGGCAGCUGCAUUGGUCUGCCCAGCGGCAGCGCCACCGGCUGCAGCAGCAUCACCGAGGGCGCCAACGGCGGCAGCGGCGGCUUGUUGCGGCGCAGUCAAGAAAUGCCCGGCAGCGCGCUUGGCGUCUUAGCGAUGGCCGCUUCCGCUGCCGCCACCGCAGAUGGCGGCGGCGUCGGUGGAGCCGCUGCUACCGCCGACUCCAAUCCACCAGGCUUGAUCGGUCCUGCACCCAGCCUGGCUGCUGCCGUACCCAUCCGACCCGCAACCGCCGCCGCCGCUACACCCUUCGCUCGCGCAAGCGUAGUCGUACAAGACACGACGACAGUGAUCCAGCAUCGUGUCGCCGCCAAGCGCUCGAGUGCCUCCACACUCGCGUCCAUGCUCGCGGCCGGCAGCGGUGGCGGCAGCGGCGGCAGCGGGAGCGCCAGCGGCGAGCACCGCCCCGGCAGUCUGCACGGGGGUGCAGCCGCCGCUGCUGCCGCUGGCGCGGCUAGUAGCGGCUCGCCGGUGUACGGCGGAUCUCCAGUGUACAGCAACCUGCCGUCCCCAGCCCUCACGCGCAAUAACACCGGCAACUCCACCUCGAUUGCCGCGGCAGCGGACACGCUGGCGGCGGGGCCGGGCACACCUCCCCCAGGCGCCAAGCCUGGUCUGGGGCGGCUACUGGUUGGCUCGUUGUCCAAUCUGUUUCGAGUGGAUAGCUUGGUGGCAGGGACGCCUAGGGAUCCGCCACUGUCUCCGCUACCGCAGCAGCAGGCGACGCAGCCGUCACAGCCGCCGCUGGCGCCCGCCGCAGGCAGCAGCAGCCUGCAGGGCACCUUCCGACAGCAGCUGGCGGCGCCCAACGGGACAGUUCGCGGAGACGGCUCCAGGGCGGGCACUGGCGGCGGAGGUCCUGGAGUUCCCGGCGGCCGUGCCGUGUCCAGUGCCGCCGCUGCCUCCGGUGACCUGGGCGCUGCUCUGAGCGAGUUGACUGCGGACUUUGAGAGUCGCUUGAAUGAGAACCAACUUGUCAUUCAACAAGUGCUGGGUUCGGGGGCGUUUGGAACGGUGUACAAAGCCCUGUGGAAGGGUCUUCAAGUGGCCGUCAAGACCCUGACCCUGACCUCCGACGCGGUGGCUGCGGGCCGUCACGCGGCGCUGCUGGAGGCCGCGCUGUCCAAAUCGAUCUUCCACCCCAACGUGGUCACCACGUACACAUGCGACCUGAAGCCCAUGCAUGUGGACAGCCGCAAAGGGGGGGCCAUGACGGGGCUGCAGAUACUCAACGAGACGGAGGUCAUCCAGGAGUGGAGGCUGUACAUCGUGCAGGAGUACUGCGACGGCGGCAGCCUCCGUCACGCCAUUGAGACCCGGUCCUUCCUGAACCAGUCCACGGGUAGUCCCCAGAUGGAGUGGGUGCUGCAGAUGGCGAGGGAGGUUGCGGCGGGGCUGCAGUACCUGCACGAACACAACAUCAUCCACGGAGAUCUCAACCCUGCGAAUGUUCUGCUCCGUCGCGACGACGCGAGUGUGUUGGGCUACCGGGCCAAGAUUGCGGACUUUGGGUUGUCGGUGCACAUGGCUGCGGAACAGAGCCACGUGUCGAACACCAAGAGGGGGACGCCGUUCUACACAGCACCGGAGGUGACUCACGCCGGCAACCUGACGCGCUUCGCCGACGUCUUCUCGUACGGUGUCGUACUCUGGGAGCUGUACUGCAGUCGUUCCUGCUGGAUGUACGGUCCUCAGGGUCGUCUGAUUCACCAGCGCGGCUUCCCGCACCUUCCGCCCAGCUGCCCCCGUGCCUUCGCCCAGCUGAUCAGCAGCUGCAUGCAACCGGCUCACAAACAGCGACCCACGUUCAAACAGAUCGGGGUGAUGCUGGAGGGAAUGAUUAGGGAGAUGGAACGCGCGAAAACCGUUCCGGUAGGGAUGGGGGAAGUACCGAAGGGCAGCGGCGAUAGCGGCGGCGGUCGAUGGCCGCAGCCGACUCCGCCUCAGCAUCAAGUCCCUCUGGCCAAUGCCCUGCCGCUGGUGCCUACGGCAUUACUACCUCAGCCGCAGUCGCCACAGACAUCCAGCGGCGGCGGUGGCGGCGGCGCUCGUGCCAACUCAUGGCUGCCGCCAGCUCAUGCUGUCGUCACAACUGCCGCCGGCGACGGUAGCCCGGCCGGCGAUAGCCCCACACUUACGAUGCUGUCUGCCACGGCGUCACCCUUCGCCCGCCCGGAAACUAUCACAUAUACGCCGUACUCAUCCGUGUACGGAUCCUCCCCGUCGGGGGCGCCUGUCAGCGCGUCCAGCAGCGGAAGCGGCCCUGCCGUCACCACCGCCGCUGCCACCGGUAACUUACAUAUCGGCACACUGCAAGCGCGGACAGCGGCUGGGACCUCUUCGUCUUCGGCCGCUGACGCGCCAUCAAGUACGACUCCAUCCGUCGUGGGCCCUACGGACCUUAGAAACGCAGCGGGGCGGAGCAGCGGUGUUGCCGAGACAGUCAACGGACCCCCAAGCCAUGCUAGCGGCAGCAGUGGCGGCGGCGGGAUUGGCGGAGGCAGUGGCAGCGGCGGCAGCCUCCGGCGCAUUGGCAGCGACGGUUUCGUCAGGAUCAGCGGCGGCCUCGGUGGCAGCGGACUUUCACGGACGUCGUCGUUGCCGCAAGGCGCAUCGGCAGCAUCUGCAGCGCCGCCGCCGCUGCAGCAGCAAUCCCGGUUGUCACGUAGGUCGUACGCCGUAUCUGACACGACGAAUUCUUCGGAGAGUUUGGCGCAAGCGCCACUACAGGCGCCUCCGGAGGCGAACGUUGCGCUCCAAGACAACUCCCAAAUCAGCAGCAGCUUCACCCUUGCUGCCACCAGCCUGCUACAGCCUGCUAUAGGGGAAGCGGAAACGGUGGCGGCGGCGGCGGCUGGCGCCCGUCGGGCUUCCAGCGGACAGCUGGAGCGGACCAGUGGCAGCAGUGGCAGCUGCAGAACCACCAGCGGCGGCGGCGGCAGCAGCAGCAGCAGCGGCGGUGGCGGCUGCAGUGGGGGCUCCGAUCUUGCUUCACUCUGGAGUACGGCGCCGGCACGAAGGUACGACGAGCGUGCUGCUCUUGGUGUGUUUGAGGACGACAGCCGCCAGGCGCCGUACGGCAUGCCUGCCGAUUCAUCAGCCGCUGGGUCGGCGGCGUUCAACGCAGCUGUGGACAGGCCGGUAGGGACGGACGUUAUUGCCGAACGGCAGAACACCCUGGGCGACGGCGGCAGCGGCGGCGGCUGUGUUAGCGGUGGACCCACGCCGUCAGCGCUGCUGGGGGGUGUAAUGCGCGCGUUCGACAUUCCGGCUGAGGCGCCGCGCUUCGCACCGCCUGACCUGCCCACAGUGCCAGAGGCGGAGGACGAGCCCACAAGCGGCGCAUCACUGACCCAUGGGUCAAUAUCUCACGGGUCGCCCUCUCUUUCAAUCGUUGUAGACGAUGAGACCCUGCCGCGGGCCCGACCGCACUCCGGUGCCACCUCGUGGGCUGCCGGCAGCGCAUCGCGGUUGUCUGACGCCGUCGCCGCCGCCGUGGGGUCGCCGGCGCAAAUGGCGUUGCCAUCGCAGCGUCAGCAGUUGUUAUCGCCACGGCCUUUUGCCGUACAAGAGGAGGAAUUGCCGCCAGGCGACCUUUGCGGCGACAACGACGAUGACGCUGAUGUGGCGCCGACAAUGCAGGGCGCGCGUAAUCUUGAGGCGGAACGCGGCUAUGCAACCGUUGCAACUGCUACAACCGCCAGCCCACAUUCGCAAGCGCCCCUGGGAACAUUGACGGUUGCGGAUCCUGGCGUGCAUAAACGGAGGACAGUCCUUGAGGAUGAGAUUGCGACGGGCUGCAGCCCGAGCGCUGUCUCGGAGGGAGUGGAACACGGGGAGGAAGUGGCGGUGACGGAGCCGCCGGCGCCGUUGGCGGCGGCACCAGUAAGUGCCGCGAGUGAGUACGGACAUGCCGACGGGGGUGUCCGGGCUUCCCCCGACGCGUGCGACAGCGAGGACUCGCCCGUAGGUGAAUCAUCAAGUGACGGCAUGCAUGGCGGCGGCGCCGGGGCCAGGUCCGUUACGACCACAACAGGGACAAAAGCCACAGCGGCGGCGGCGGCCGUAGCUGCGACAUCAGGUGCACUGCCGCUGCAAUUCUUCUGUCCCGUGCAUCCAGACGACGCCCCGUGGCCUUCCGUACAGCACUGUUUUACUGGCGGCCCUGGAGAUACGGCAGCAGAACUGACGGGUACAACCCCAAUGCACGGAUCCAGGUACGUAUACGCAAGCGACGACGCAGCUCCAAGCAGGCUGCCCACGUCCGCGGCCAUGUGCGGCGGCGGCAGCGCCGGCAUACCCGCUGCCGCCUCACCUUCCGUUACCUCUCCCAGGGACCAGGCUAGCCCCUUCGCACGCCACACACUGAAUGAGCCCACACGGCCAUCGGCUUCGCUCUACGAAGCUAAACCCUCGAUGGGACGCAUAGUACAUGCCAGCCGCCGGGUGCAUCCGGUGGGUACUACGGCAGCAUCGCCAUCGGCGCCAUCAGCGGCGGCCAUGCCGGAGCUCGCGCCGAUGCCUCCGCCGCCGCCAUUGCCUCUGCCGCCGCCGCCGCCGGUGAUGAUGGGGCCAUUUUCCCGCCCUAGCAUGGGCGUCCAUCCCGCAGAGGCCCACGGCUUCGGGCCGCUUCCGCCGCCGCCAUCAGCGGCGCCAGCAGCAUCACUUUUCGUCCGUCCGAGCCUGGGGGUGAACUCCGGCGAAGCGCUAGCGGCAGCACCACCGCCACCACUGCAGCCACCACUGCCGCCGCCAGACGUCGCGGCGGCGGCGCGGUUUGCAAGGGCACCCAUCGGCGGAGACCCAUGCUCCGCGAUUGGAGAGGCGCUACAGCCCAGCUGGCCUGUCGCGGCCGCCGUGACAGGCGCCACCAUCGCCGAUGGUUCCGAUGCCACCGGGUCGCGUUUCGCGAGGCCAUGCCUGGCAAGCAUUCCUCCAGGCGCUGUCGUACUGGUGGGCUCCGAGCUGCCGCCGUUGCCGACCAUAGGGCCCCGGGAGGCUCAUGCUGCGGCGGGAGUUGUACAGUUUGGCGGCGGCGGCGGUAGUGCUUUACCUGCAGCAUUCGCAAGACCCAGCUUGGAUGUUUUGCAGGCCGCCGCGGGGGCUGCCGCCCCAGCGAGCUCCAUGACGUCGGCGGGCUGUGCAGCCACAUUGGCACGGCACAGAGCGGCAAACGGUGCGAGCGUGCCGGGCGGCGGCACGGCGUUUGGCAGCUUUGCAGCGGCCACCUCAGCAGCGGCUGGGCGACGGCCAGACGAUGUAGUCGCUGGUGGCGGCGGCAACGGCGAUGGCUUCGGAGGAGCCGCCGUGGGCUCAACGCUUCUGCCAUCACCUCUGCUAUGCGGGGUUACUGUCGCGCUGAAUCUGGAUCCAGAUUUGCCCCGCUUUGCCCGCGCCACAGCAGGGCGCCGCCAUGACGAAGACGACUACACCCCAGAUCUACCUGGGCCGGCCUUUGCCCCGCCCCUGCCGCCGCCGUUGCCCCCACCGCCUCCGCCGCCGUCGCUCCUGGCGCCACCGCCGCCACUUUCCGUCUUGCUGCCGCCGUCAUCCGUCUACUGCGACGUGAGUGUCCCCUCACCACCGUCCUCCUUCGUCGCCGCCGCCAGCUUGCUCAACCCUCCUACUAGUAACGCCAGCAGCGUGGGUACGGGGCAGCUGGCGCCGUACCACUCCCCAAGCCCUAGAUCACGUGGACGCUACUCGACAUCCAUGGCUGGCCCGCAGCUGGCGCCAAGCAGCCUUCCCGGUGGCGGCGGCAGCGGCGGCGUAUUUGGGUCACCGUUGUCGGGCUCUGCAAGCAGCUCUCCGUACUCGGGCGGGGCCGGCAGCGGCGUCGGUAGCGGCGCCGCAGUCGCCACCGCCGGGCAAUUUCCAGGUAGCAUUUGGUCCUCGCACCAGCCCUCGCGACUGGGACUGUCACCACCGCCGCCAGCGCCAGCGUUGCCGGUGGCGACGAUGGCCAUACACCAGCGGGAUCGUUGGCCCGUUUCCCAGGGUACGGCCUUCAGCGGCCGCGGCGGGCCCUCCUCUGAUGGCAUGCGCAUCACCCAUCCCGGCUUUGUCGGCGGCGGCUGCGACGCGGCGGCAGCAAUGGCGGGCUCGGCGCCGUCGGCUUGGCUGUGCAUCGACGCGGCGCCACGCUGCAGUACCGGAAGGGCCGGCGGCGGCAUGGGGCUGACAUCUCCGCUGGCAGCGGCGACUGAACCUCCGAGGUUUCAGAGGGACAGCUUACGGACGUUAGUGGCGAAAGGGCUGACCGCGGCGGCGGCGGCCAGCGGCAGCGCUGAAGGUCCGUCCACUAACAGCGGUGGUGGCGGCAACAGCGGCGGCGGCAGCGGCUUCCUGCGGGCCGUGAGAGAUGCGGUCGCUGGCAGCAUAAGCAAAAGGCUUGACGGCCAUGUCACCGGCUCAGCGGCUGCCGUACAGCAUCAGGCCAAUGCCGCCGUCGGCAGUGCAGCUGCGGAUGGCACGGCAGGUGCAGCAGAAGGCGGACUCGUGACCAUGUGCGCCGGCGCUGACGGCAUGGGCGUGGCAACACCCUCCGGCGCAAUGCCGCACGUAUCUGCCGCACUUGCGGCGGCGGCCACAGAUGAUGACGCCGUCGCUGCUGCCGCCUUGACUCCUCCGCCACGGGGACCCUUCGACCGGCCGAGCAUGCCCCGCCAGCCCAUAACAGAAGAGGACGUGUUCCCACGCGACCUGGAGGGUCCAGGACGCGGCUUGGGAGGCCUUGCCGGUAUGGGUCUCGGCAUGAGCUUUGCUGCUGCUGCGGCCAGCGCCGCAGCCGCAGCCGGCAGCGGCACCGCCGCCCUCGUCGGCGGCAGCGGCGAUGACUCCUUCGAUGAAGCGCUACGGCUCGCCAAAUGCAGUCUGUCAACGGUUCCAGAAUCGGGACCCAGCGUAGGACCCGUCAGCGUAGGGCCCAGCAGCACCGGCGGCGUGGAAGCAGCGCCACAUGGCAGUUCCCCAGGCGGCAGCAGCGGCAGCGGAAUGGCGGAGUUUCGGCGCCGGAAGCAGCAGCAACAGCAGCAGCAACAACAAGGUGGAAUCCGGGACUAG